AAGCAGCUCAACCUACUCCAAAACGCAGGGGUAACGGGGCGUCUCUCUAUACGACGAACAAAAGAAUGGAGACGUCGAAGAGGACGAGGUCCCAUCGCCCCCUCCCAUGUCUCUCUCUCCUCCUACUCAUCCUCUUGUCCGGCGGAGCGCCGCCGGCCUCGGCCGGCGGUCCAAUAAAGACGGUGGUGGUCCUGGUGAUGGAGAACCGGUCCUUCGACCACAUGCUCGGGUGGAUGAAGCGGCUCAACCCGGAGAUCGACGGCGUGACCGGUUCGGAAUGGAACACGGUCUCGGCCUCCGACCCGGCCUCCCCUCGGGUGUACUUCGGCGACGGGGCCCACUUCGUGGACCCGGACCCGGGGCACUCGUUCCAGGCGAUCCGGGAGCAGAUCUUCGGGUCCAACGACACGUCGGCGGCGCCGGCGCCGAUGAACGGGUUCGUGCAGAAUGCCCGGUCGAUGUCGGAGAACAUGACGGAGAGCGUGAUGAACGGGUUCAGGCCGGAGAUGGUGGCGGUCUACAAGACGCUGGUGGAGGAGUUCGCGGUGUUCGACCGGUGGUUCGCGUCGGUCCCGGCGUCGACCCAGCCGAACCGGCUCUUCGUCCACUCCGCCACCUCCCACGGCGCCACCGGUAACAACGCCAGUUUGUUAGUGAAGGGGUACCCACAGAGGACAAUAUUCGAAAACAUGGAUGAUGCCGGACUCUCUUUUGGCAUCUACCAUCAGAACAUUCCCGCUAUCCUCUUCUACAGUAACCUUCGGAAGCUCAAGUACCUCUUUAAGUUCCACUCCUACGACCACACGUUCAAGCGUCAUGCCGCCAAAGGCUCUCUCCCCAACUAUGCUGUCAUCGAACAGAGGUACCUCGAUUCCAAGUCUAAACCUGCCACUGAUGACCACCCAUCUCAUGAUGUCUACCAAGGGCAGAUGUUCAUCAAGGAGGUCUAUGAGACACUCCGCGCCAGCCCCCAGUGGAAUGAAACUCUCUUGAUCAUCACCUAUGAUGAGCAUGGUGGCUUCUUUGAUCAUGUCCCAACUCCUGUCGCUGGUGUCCCCAGCCCUGAUGGUAUUGUUGGCCCUCCCCCUUUCUUCUUCGCAUUUGACCGCUUGGGAGUUAGGGUGCCAACCAUCAUGGUCUCCCCCUGGAUCGAUAAGGGCACUGUCAUUCAUGGUCCCAAUGGUGUACCAUCUCCGACUUCAGAGUAUGAGCAUUCAUCCAUUCCAGCAACUGUAAAGAAAAUUUUUGAUCUCCCCUCCCCAUACCUGACUCAGAGGGAUGCAUGGGCCGGCACGUUUGAAGGCAUCAUGCAAAGUAGGACAGAACCCAGAGCUGACUGCCCAGUGCAACUUCCAACUCCUUCGAAGAUCAGGAAUGGUGAAGCCAAUGAGGGUGCCAAGUUGAGCGAGUUUCAACAGGAGCUCAUGCAACUUGCAUCAGUGCUGAAUGGAGAUCAUCUUCUUGCUGGUUUCGAUGAGAAAAUAUCGAAGCAAAUGAAUGUUAGGGAAGGGAUAGCCUACAUGGAGAAUGCAGUCAAGCGCUUCUUUGAAGCUGGAAUGACCGCGAAGAAAAUGGGUGGCGACGAAGAAGAGAUUGUGAAGAUGAGACCAUCACUCACCACUAGGUCCUCAUCAUCAACUGCCCAACCUUAGCAACAUUUUGAGUAGUAUAGAAGGGUGGGUGCAUCUCAGUAUAGAAGGGUGCAUCUCUGCUCUAAAUAAUGUAGUGGCACAAAAUAUACUAGCUUAAACAAAGAGAGUAGUGCUCAAUUUAGAAGGAAAUCUAGAAGGAAAUGCUUGUUCGGGAAACACCUGAUAAUGGGAACAAAGCAUUGCAAAAAAAUUUGCUGAGUACAUCAUCUCAGUCAUUUGUAGGUUCCACAGCUAGCUAAGCAGUCAUUUGUAUUGAGGUCAGGAUAAGAAAUAAGUGGAUUCUGUUCUAUUAAUUAAUAAGUUAAGACCUCAUAAAAUGUGGCUGGUGAAA